CAGAUAUAGGACAUAAAUAUUAAUUUCUGAGAUAAAUUGGAUUUCUUGUUAUAAAUACGAAAAUUAGUGUGCGCAUUCAUUUGUUGUGGCUCAGUUGUUUAAAGUAAAAAUGGCACUUGGAUCCGUUUGCUAUUUGUUGUUUUUUAUUACAGCACUAUGUUCUGGUGGAGAGGCCUCUGACCAAUGUGAGGACCCAAACGCAUACUAUACUGAGUGUGGAACAGCUUGUCGCGCUACCUGUCAAAAUAGACAGUACGGCAACUGCAUCGCCCUUUGCGUCCCUGGUUGUUUCUGUAAACGGAAUUAUAUACUGAACGAGGACUCAGGGAAGUGCGUCACUAUUCGAAACUGUCCACGAUAUUGAACACAAUAUAUCGACAUGUU